AUGUUACGUCUGCGUCUCCAAAAAGACAUCAAUAUGGUAAGCCAAGAAAAUUAUCCCGAGGAGUUUGUUAAAUUUCUCAAUGCAUCGCCAACGCCGUACCACGCAGUGCAUAAUAUCAAAGCGCAUCUUCUAGAACACAACUUUGAGGAAUUGCAGGAAGAACACUCUUGGGUGGAGAAGUUGAAACGGGGAAGGGGUUAUUUCGUGACUAGAAAUGAUUCGGCAAUCGUGGCAUUUGUGUUAGGAGAGGACUACGACGGUGGAAACCCCUUUGCCAUCAUUGGUGCACAUACGGACUCACCUGUGUUGAAAAUUAAACCUAUUUCAAAGCGCAGUAACGAAAAGUUUGACCAAGUUGGCGUGGAGUGCUAUGGAGGUGGGAUCUGGCAUUCGUGGUUCGACUCCGAUCUUUCGAUUGCCGGAAGAGUGAUCUACAAAAGCCAGGACCAUCUUGGAGAAGUGCUGGUCACAAAGCUGGUAGACCUCAAGAAGCCGCUGCUUAAGAUUCCUACUUUGGCGAUCCAUUUGGAUAGAACUGUCAAUGAAAAGUUUGUCUUCGACAAGGAGUACCAACUGCUACCGGUCGCCGGCUUAACAGCAAAGCAAGCCGACAAAGAUUGUUCGGAAUGCACUGAGGAGAAUUCAUCUAGCGAAACAUUCUUCUCCAUCAAAUCCGUGGUAGAGAGACAUCAUCGUGAUUUGGUUAAUCUGGUGGCCAAGGAGCUUCACAUUGAGUCUGAGCAAAUCGAAGACUUCGAACUAACUUUGUAUGAUCAUCAGCCCUCGUGUCUUGGUGGCUUGCACGACGAAUUUGUGUUUUCUGGGAGACUAGACAACUUAACGUCAUGUUUUACAAGUAUGCAUGCGCUCACAUCGUCGAUCGGAGCCGCCGACGUAAACCAGGAGUGUGCUAGAAUGAUGGCGUGCUUUGAUCACGAGGAAAUCGGUUCAGCUUCAGCUCAAGGUGCAGACUCUAAUUUUUUGCCAAGCGUUUUGGAACGCAUAGCUGCUCUCAAACAGCGUGAUCAUUCUUAUUACCGUUUUCAGGAUAUGACAAAUCUUAGCGAAUCGUAUCGGUUGAAACUGGCGACCAGGAAGUCAUUCUUCCUCUCUUCCGACGUUGCCCAUUCAGUUCAUCCAAACUAUGCAAGCAAACACGAAUCUAAUCAUAAGCCCGUCAUCGGAGGUGGUCCCGUGGUUAAGAUCAAUGCGAAUCAACGUUACAUGACCAACAGUCCUGGAUUGGUACUUGUGAAAGCUCUUGCAGAUUCUGCCAAAGUUCCUUUGCAACUAAUUGUCGUGGCUAACAAUUCCCCAUGUGGAUCUACAAUUGGCCCUAUCAUUGCAUCUAAAACUGGCAUCCCGACAUUAGAUCUUGGAAAUCCAGUUUUGAGUAUGCAUUCUAUCCGAGAAACUGGCGGAUCCGAUGAUCUGGCCUCACAAAUCAAAUUAUUCACUGAAUUUUACAAAAAGGGCACCAAAAUGAUUGAAACCGGUUACGUGAGAACCAAUGAGGAUAUGAAGCAGCCUCCUUCAAAAUAA